AUGGGGUCAGGCAGCGUAUUGGGCCUGAUCCUCUGCAGAGGCCUUUUUAUCCAAGUUGAACGUUCUUGGGCCUUCCCACGUCAAGCUCAGCUCUUCUUUUGUCUACCUUCCUCGGUCAUUAUCUCCUUCCCUUUAGCUCUUUCGGCCGCCAUUUCCUGCGCUCUCUCCCCCGACGACGUCUUCAACCCUAAGCCUGCAGCUAAUAUACCUUCACAGCAACAGACCUCAGGUGCUAUGCAAUCUACACAAUCAAACUGUGUGAAGGUUUGGGAGGGGAUUUUAUAUGGGCUAAGACAAGGACAGCCCGUAUUUAUCACCAGACUGGAGGGUCAUCGGAGUUCUUCAGCUUUUGAAUCGCUUGCAUCAGACUGGCCACGAACAAUGGAAAUAGUUCGUCUUCAAUCUCAAGACCGCAUGAAUGACGAGCAAUACCUUGGGACGGCGGAUUUCCUAGAUUUUCAGGCUUUGAACCCGCAUCCAUUUCUUGCUCAGCUACAGGAAAAGAAUCUGUGUGCCGUUAUCGAAUUACCCUCACAGACGUUGCUACUAUCUGUCUCUGACAAACCCUGCCGCUUGAUUGGGAUGCUUUUUCCUGGGGACAUGGUGGUACCUCAGGGACAGGUAUGAUCGCAAGGUGCACGCCACAUUGGUGGAGGGGGAUUCAUGAGUUAGCUCCGUUCUGCAUAUUGUUCCUCCACAAUCUAUGCCAAGAUUAUAUGAGAGUCAUGAUGUAUGAGUCUGAACCUCAGAAUGCUGUCGAAAAAAUUGAUGCCCAUGAACCGUGAAGAACCAUGCUGGAGGCUUUAUAUUGUUAUUAUGAAUUACUGUUAAUAACGCAAUGCAAGUUUGCUACCUAGAUACUGUGGGCAUCAGUUGCUCUUUCCCCCGUUUAUAUGGACAUAUUGGGUGAAGAUGAUGUUUGUUUCCCCCCGGGUCAGAGUGUGAUGACUGUUUUUAAAAAUGAAUUGGCAAAGAACUGAUUCAAGGUUCA